GUUCAGUUUCUUUUUCUUUAUUGAUAUUAAGGAUUUUAAGUUGAAUUGCGCAGACAAUGAAUAUUUAAACUAAUUACAAUUAGCAUGCGCAGAACAAACGAAAACUCGUCGUAUGAAAGGUCUUUCGUUGAACGAAUAAUAUACAUGAAUGUAUUUGAUUCGUAAGACAUUGUGAAGCGCCAUCUUUUGGGCUGUUUUAAUUAUAAAUUGAGGUUACAGAACCUAACCUAAUGUAACUACUGUGACUAAAUAUGUUGUAUACGCAUAAUAACUGAAAUAUUAUAUUAAAUAUACGUUUUUCGUUCGACAGAGAGAUGAAAAGUUAUUUUUGAAAAACGUCAACUUCAUAUUAUGUAUUUAGUUUCGUAUAUUUUUCAACAUUGUACAGAAACUACUUUAUGAACGUGAUUAUCCGUUUUGCAACAGAGUUAUUUAUCUUUUUACAUAAUUUCUAACUGCUUAAAAAUGGUUGAAUUAAAUAGUUCAAUAAAUAUUGGAAAACUACAAAAAAAGUCACAAGUAAGUUUUAAAGAAGAAAGCAGCGAUGAUAAUGAAUCUGAUACCAUUGCAUAUAAAACCGAGGGAAAUCCUGGUUGGGCAGAUGCUAUGCACAAGAUUUUGCAAACAAGAAAGCCAAAACGUAAAAAAACAAUAGUUUUGUCUAAGGCAAAAAAGUUAUUCGACGUGAAGAAAAAAGAAAAUGAAGAAAAUGUGUCAUUUGAAAUUGAAAAAGUAAAGGAAGAAGUAGAAACGUUUAAAGAAGAAGUUGAAAAUAAGGAUGAAAAAUCAGUUACACAAUCAAAAGAAAGAAGAAAAAAUAAUUUGGGUAUUAGGGUAAAACCAAGUAUAAUAGAUAGAGAACGGGAAAGAAUGUUACAAAAAAUAGCUACAAAAGGUGUAGUACAAUUAUUCAACGCGGUAAAACAACAACAAGGUGAAAUUAAUCAAAAACUAUCAAAAGCUGGCCCGUUAGAACGAAAACGGGAACGGGUAUUAAAGAACAUUGAUAAAUGUGCAUUCUUAGAUGUUCUUAUGGGUGGAAGUAAAAGCAUUCCAAUAGAUAACAAUGUUAAGGACGAAACGGAAGAAAAUAAAAGUCGUAAACAAAAGGACAAGGAAACUUGGAGCGUGCUGAGAGAAGAUUUUGUUAUGGGAACAAAGUUGAAAGAUUGGGAUCGAAAAAGUAAAGAAGAUGAAGAUGAUUCUUCAGCCCCAGAAGAUAUGGAUAGCGACGAUUAAAUUACAGAAAGGUGUAAAAUAGUUUUACGCUUUUAAAAAUUGAUUGAAAGGUAUGUUGUCAACAUUUGUUAGUAAUGUAAUGUUACAAUUUUUCAGUUAUUUAGUCUGUAUCUUUACUACUUUUGUCUUUCUAAAGCAUACAGAAAAGCACAAAAUAUUACUUUCUUAGUAAAUAUCUUAUUUUAUUAAUAAUUUAUAUUUUGAUAUUUUUUUAUCUAUGCAACAACAAUGAUAAUGCAUACAACGUAUCAUUUCUUUAUAUAAUUUAUCGUACGUUUAUAACACGAACAUGAUUCUGUCUAAAAUUCAUUUUUGUUUUUAUUGUAUUUAAAUCGCAUAAAUAUGCCAUAAUAUUUUAUUAUAAAAUGAUACUAUACUUUUGUUUGUAUAUUUAAGCCGCAAUUUGUUUUAGGGACGAAUUACACAUAAUUGAUGAACUGUAUUAAUAACAUAAUCUUCGCAUAGAA